AAGCAGCUAAAAGCCAAAAUCCAAAAAGUCUGCGCAUGUGGGCUCUUUGAAACAUAGAGUUCUUCUGUAACUCCCCACGUUAAACCCUAAUUCCACUACAAUAUACGGUCUUUCGUGCAUAACUCUAUCGAAUUUUUCUGUAUCUCUUUAAGCUCAUGGGUUGCUCAUCUUCUCUUCCAGAUAGGAGUUCUGGGCGGUUGAGUGGACUUAACAAUCCUGAGAGCAAUGGAGUGCCUGAUGCCAAAAACCUACGUGUAAAGCUGGUAUUGUUAGGUGAUUCUGGUGUUGGUAAAAGCUGUAUUGUUCUACGUUUUGUUCGUGGACAAUUUGAUCCAACAUCCAAGGUAACUAUUGGAGCUUCAUUUUUGUCACAGACCAUUGCUUUGCAAGAUUCUACAACAGUUAAGUUUGAAAUAUGGGACACUGCAGGGCAAGAAAGAUACGCUGCACUGGCACCACUAUAUUACAGAGGUGCUGCAGUUGCAGUUAUUGUAUAUGAUAUAACAAGCCCAGAGUCAUUCAACAAAGCACAAUAUUGGGUUAAGGAACUACAGAAACAUGGGAGCCCUGAUAUAGUCCUGGCUUUAGUUGGGAACAAGGCUGAUCUUCAUGAGAAUCGAGAAGUACCUGUUCAAGAUGGUAUGGACUAUGCUGAGAAGAAUGGAAUGUUCUUUAUUGAGACUUCUGCCAAGACUGCAGAUAAUAUAAAUCAGCUGUUUGAGGAAAUCGCUAAGCGAAUCCCCCGUCCAUCAUUAUCAUGAUUGCUGAACCUUGUAAUGGAAUCAACUAAUAUGGCUUCUAUAAUGUUAUGGAAACCUACUUGCCUGUAUCAAAGUUGUUUAUAUGGUGAUGUCUGUAAUCUUUGCCCUAUUUUGUGAUUUGGAUCUGAAGUUCUUGUUCCAACAAUGAGAUUAUAAAUCACAUUUGAGCAGUUGACAUAUAAGAUUAAUGAAGACAAACUAUCUGAAGGGAUUCCAUGACAAUAA